CUUUCUUUCUACUACUGUCAAUUGUUUAUAUGAUACAUCAAAACUGGCACAUAAAAACACGUAUAAUAAUAAAAUACCAAUUAGAAAUAAUUGGGACAUAAAAAAAAGGAAUAAUAAAUUAAAAAAAGAGAACACUUUCUCAUUCUGUUUCAUGAUCCCCUGAUCUUCCCCCACUAUAUUAGUGGCAUUUUUUCUGUAUUUCUAUCUCUCUUUCUCUGUCUCUCUUUCUCUGACCUCACAUACACAAAUACUCUUUUUUUUCUUUUUUAUAUCCUCCUUCCUUAAUAGCAACUCAACAGUGGAGAAGAUCAGAUCCAAAAGAGGUUUAUUUGUCUAUCUACCAAAAUAUAUCCCACACUACUACUGAUCAGUCAAUCCCAUCAAUCAAAUCAAACCAAGCAUCACUCACAGAGAGAGAGAGAGAGAGAGAGAGAGAAAGAGAAAGAGCCCACAAAAAUAAAAAGAUGUCCGCCUCAUCCGCUGCCUUUUCACCGGACCACCACCUCUCUCCUUCCGACCAGCUCUGUUACGUCCAUUGCAAUUUUUGCGACACUGUCCUCGCGGUUAGCGUUCCUUGCACUAGUUUGUUCAAGACUGUCACAGUUCGAUGCGGUCACUGCAGCAACCUUCUCUCUGUCAACAUGCGCGCUCUGCUUCUUCCUGCUGCUGCUGCUAACCAGCUUCAUUUUGGACACAAUUUACUCAAUCCUCAACAUCUACUGGAGGAUAUCCGAAGCACCACUCCAUCAAAUAUUCUGAUCAACAAUCAGCCUAACCAGAUUAAUGAGCCGCUUAUCCCAAUCCGUGGAGGAGCUGAAGAGAUCCCUAAGCCUCCUGUUGUUAACAGACCACCGGAGAAGAGACAGAGAGUCCCAUCCGCUUACAAUCGGUUCAUUAAGGACGAGAUACAGCGUAUCAAAGCUGGAAAUCCUGAUAUAAGCCACAGAGAGGCUUUUAGUGCUGCUGCAAAGAAUUGGGCCCAUUUCCCUCACAUCCAUUUCGGACUUAUGCCUGAUCAACCCGUGAAGAAAACCAACAUAUGCCAGCAGGAAGGAGAGCCUGACAUGCUUCUGAAAGAUGGAUAUUUUACUCCUGCCAAUGUGGGUGUCUCUCCCUACUAAUCAAGCAUUAGGGUUUCUUAGUUCACAGCUCUACUAGUUUAGCUUGGUGUUAAUUAGCAAAUGUGUAUUGGAUUAAGCUUUCUAUAUUAUGAGACUCUUAAAAACUUGGGUUCCUUCGUUUUAUGUAUCUAUUAAUCGCUAAAUCCAGAAGUACGUAUUUAAGUCUAAACUUGUUUUGAAGCUUCAAGAUCUCCUAAAAAACUCUUGUGAAAAUGAAGCUCAUCUUUUGUGAUAUACCACUCAAGAAUGUAUUACUGUGAAUCGUUUUCAUUUUUUGAA